GUCCUCCCCUUUUUGCUAUGCUUGAAUCCUUGCUAGGCGCACGUAAUUGUAUGUGCGCUGUAUAAACUGGCCGAGUCCCGGAGGAUUACGGUAGUUGGAGGAACCAGACGAUAUAACAAGGCAGGAACAGUCUCGCAACAGCAGUUUCAAAGAGUGAGGGGUUUCCAUAAGAGAAAAAACGAUUAGAGGUUCUGCUGUCAGGAUGGUGGGCGAGCGUAGGAACGGGAACCUGUUGGUGCAGCUGGGUCCCAAUCUCCAGGCUUACCCGGAGGAGCUGAUCCGGCAGCGACGUACCCAUGAUGGCCAGACUGAGUAUCUGAUUCGAUGGAGCGUGGUGGCCAUGGACGAGGGUGGGGGAGUGGAAAGCACGGGGGAAAGUGGAGGUGGUAGCAGCUCCUCUAGUGACAACAAAAGCGAGCACAUCCUGUUGUGGAUGACGAGGGAGGACGUGUACGCCAACUGCCCCACACUGCUGGGCAACCGCAAGAACGAUGCGCAGAGGGCCGUGAAGGAGGAGCAGCCCAGCAGCGAGUUUCCCUCUGACGUCACCUUUGACGAGGCAGAGCUCUCCGACAUGAAGGAAGACGUGAAGCAACUGGUGCGGCGGGCGCACAGGCAGAUGGCUAGGAGUAAUGAUGUGGACAUUGCCGUUAGCAUCUCCCACACCAUCCACGUGCUCAGUGCCUACGCCAGCAUAGGCUCCCUGGUGGGAGUCUUCAAGGAGACUGGUGCCCUCGAUCUGCUUAUGGAGCUGCUGUGUAACAAGGAGAGGCAGACCAGGAGGAGCGCUGGCAAGAUGCUGAGAGCCCUAGCUUCGCACGAUGCAGGGAGUCGUGCUUAUGUCCUCCUGUCUCUCAGCCAGCAGGAUGGGAUUGAGCAGCACAUGGAUUUUGACAAUCGCUACACCCUCCUGGAGCUGUUUGCUGAAACUACUUCCUCUGAGGAACAUGGCAUCUCUUUUGAAGGGAUACACCUCCCACAGAUACCUGGGAAGCUGCUCUUCUCCUUGGUAAAGCGUUACCUCUGUGUGACAUCGCUGAUGGACAAACUGAAUACCAGUGGGACUGAUCAGAAUGCUGAGCGAUCGGACUGCGCAUCCUCUUCGCACCAGACGAAGCAGUCGCGGUUGCAGCGCGAGUUUGAAUUCACCAUGGCUAUGGCUAACCUCAUUUCCGAGCUGGUGCGGGUCAUGGGCUGGGAUAGGAACAGACAGGCAGAACAUGCAUCUGUGCUCAGCUCCAUUGAGGAAGAGGAGCAGAAGGUCAUCCGCUCAAUAUUCCAGCCCCGCCACACCCCCUUUCAAACCGUCCUAGCUGCUGCGACCCCCAAGAAGAAGACCGGCAACGGCUUCAAGACCCGCACAGACUUUACCAGCCGCAGUGCCUACGUGGAGUACAUACAGGAAAAUCUGAAGAGUGGGAUGAUGGUGCGCAUGCUGGAGGACUAUGAAGAAGUCAGUGCUGGGGAUGAGGGAGAGUUUCGAUACAGCAAUGAUGGUACACCACCUGUACAGGUGUACUGGAACUCCCUGAGCAGGACCUACUGGGUCCACUGGCACAUGAUGGAGAUCAUUGCCAGUUGCACGAGCGGGCAGGCUGAGAAGGAAGCUCAGGAAAAAGCAUCGUCGCUCGCAGAGACUCUGAAGCUAAACACAGUAAGCCAGACUUUUUUCUACAAGCCCCCUGGUGGAUUAUAUUCAUUGCCUUACCUGGCUGAGAGUGUGAGGGAGGACACAGGGACUCUGAGCCGGGCUGAGUGGUGGGAGGUGCUCUUCUUCAUCAAGAAACUUGAACCAAAGCAGCAGCAGGAGGUGAACAACAUCAUACGACAGAGCCUGGAUGAUCAGAUGUCUGAGAUCGAUGAUGCCACCUUAAUCCAGCUGUCUGUGCCGGUGGAAGUUGCCCAGAAGUUGCUGCAGUACCUGACCCAGCACUCGUUGGCGGCCAGCCUAGGCGACCUACAGAGCUCCCAGGUCUACAUCAAUCACUACUUGCGCAAGGGGGGCCUUGAGCAGGAGAGGCUCACUGGGAUGCUGAACUCCAUGGAGUAUGGAGAUGAAGGCAGCUCCUCCUUCCUGGGGAGCCUGGUCUCGGUCUCCAAGAAAGCCAAGAAGGAGAUUUUGUCAGACUCUGCAAGCUCUGCUUCAGCUAAGCCAGACAGUGAGCUCCCUAAAGACGAUGAACUAAAGUUCCCUGAAGAUCUAGAAGAAAAAAUGAAAGUGUUCAGUAACCCAAAGAUUCAGGGGAAGAAGAAUUACCUGGAGAAGUUUGGUGAGGUGAUUGACAUCAUGAAGAAGAACAGUUCUGAUCUAGGGCAGCAGCUGGCUGGUCUCAAAUUCAUUACCAAGAUCCUGGAGGAUGAUGGAACUCAGGAGAAAAUCAUGCUGAGGACAGACUCUGCGCAAACCGUCCGAGAAAAGCUGUUGAAGAUGCUGGUGGAGAUGCUCAUCACAGAUUCGAAGGAAAAGGUGGUCAGUGCUCUGCGGCUGGUCCAUGCCCUCAUGCUUAAGUACGAAUGGAGGGUCAUGUUUGCCACAGAGGGGGGUGUCAAAGCCAUCCUCACCUGCAUGCAAGAGCACUCCAGCUGUGCUCAAGUGCAGCAAGCAGCCUUGGCGGCUUUAAAGGUGGUUACUGGAGCCAGCAAACAUGACAUUCGCAGUUUUACAAGCUGCUUCCCACUUUCUGAAUCUGGAGCACAGAUGAUGCUUGAGAUCUUUGCCAGUAUUGGCUCCGCAACCCCAGAAGGAUCAAAAGGUCUCCUCGAUGCCAUUCCAGCUGCUAUUGACUUAAUGUUAAACACUCAAGGUUGCUCCCUUGCAGUAUGCAAUGGCCUACUUGUGAUCAUCAUGCUGGUGUCGUACCACAAGAGCCUGGCGGAGCAGCUAGUGGCUUGUGAUGUAUGUCUUGUCCUGAACCGCUGCAUAGGAAAAAAGAGUAGCUCUGCUACAAGCCCAGUACAAAGGCUGGCCAUUGUUGCCCUUAGUCACAUCUCAAUGGUCCACAAGCUCCCAACAGGACUGGAGCCCAAGGAAGAGCUGGACUUCAAGGACAUGGAACUAAAGAUGCUCCUGGUGAGCCUGAAGGAGAUGACUGCGACCAAGGAGAUCAUCCUGACUCUGGAGCGACUGAUCUGUGACGAGGUGCCCCGGCUGGACCAGGAGCUGAGUGAUAUCAUGAAAGACAAGGACUCCUACCAGGCGCUUGUGCGGGCGCUAGAGCACCACAGGAUGGACAAGGCCACGCAGCUUUCUGUCCUGAGGACUUUAAACAAGUUUUUAGAUAACUACCAGGAAGAUGUCCUGCCCUGGCAUGAAAGCAUUGAGCCCUGCCUAUCCUCCAUGACAGCCCACAUUGGUGACAGAGAGGUUGUGCAGCUGUUCAUCCGUUUCUUGCACCGACUAGCCACAACGAAUAAGGACUAUGCUGUGGUAAUGUGUCGCUUAGGCACUAAGGAAGCGCUGAUCAACGCCCUGGACAAGCACAGCACCAACUUGCUGCUGGUGACAGAGCUGCGUGACCUGAUCAGUGACUGUGAGAAAUAUGCCAGCCUUUACAAGAAAAUGACAACCAGUAUACUGGCUGGCUGCAUACAGAUGGUAUUGGGACAGAUAGAGGAACAUCGGAGGAGCCAUCAACAAAUCAACAUCCCCUUCUUUGAUGUGUUUCUUAGAAACCUGUGCCAAGGAUCUAGUGUUGAGCUUAAAGAGGAUAAAUGUUGGGAAAAGGUGGACGUUUCCUCCAAUCAUCAUAGAGCAAACAAGCUGACGGAUAAGAACCCCAAAACAUACUGGGAAUCUAAUGGCAGCACAGGUUCCCAUUUUAUCAACAUUUACAUGUACAAGGGGGUGGUGAUCAGACAGCUGGUAGUGUUGGUGGCUAGUGAAGACUCCAGUUACAUGCCAGCACGGAUAAUAGUGAUGGGUGGUGAUGACCCCUCAAAUAUCAACACUGAACUUAACACAGUGAAUGUUUCUCCGUCAGCCAGCCGCAUUGUCCUUCUGGAAAACGUGACACGCUACUGGCCUAUCGUGCAGAUCAGAAUCAAAAGGUGUCAGCAGGGUGGCAUUGACACACGUGUCCAUGGAUUUGAAAUCCUGGGGCCCAAGCCCACCUUUUGGCCAGUGUUCAAGGAGCAGUUGUGCUGUAGGACGUACCUCUUCCACACAACUAAGGCGCACACUUGGUGUCAGGAAAUCCUGGAGGACAAAAUGCAGCUCCUGCAGCUCUUUAAUAAGUUGAACAGUGCUCUUCGACACGAACAAAUGUUUGCUGACCGUUUCCUCCCAGACCCAGAGGCAGCUGAAGCCUUGGGGCGUACGUGCUGGGAGGCUUUGAUUACUCCCAUAGUGCAGAGCGUCACUGUGUCAGAUAACAUUACGGUGAGCCCUCUGUCCUGGCUGCUGAAUGAGUACCUAGAGAAGUCUGAGAUUGCAAAGCGCUGCAAGAGUCGGGCAGCUGUCUUUAAUUCUCGUGUUCGGAGGCUGACUCACCUCCUGGUCCACGUGGACACCAGCCGGGUGGACACAGAGGAUCUCAAACCACCUGUGAAGUCAAAAGUUAUCAACAGAAGCAAAGUUACUAAGUAUGGAAAAGAAGGAAAGAAUAAAGAGGCCACUUCUGUAUUAUCUGCUGCCAGACCCAAAGUGAAGAAAGCCAGCAGCAUUGCAGGAAUAGCACAGUGCUGGCAAUGGGUGGUGCAGCAGCAAGUUAAGAAGUUCCUCGACUCCUCUGCCUGUAGCGUGGCCGACUUUGUUGACCGGUACCGUAACCUGUAUCUGCGUUUGAAGAAUGCCAUGGAGGAACUCUUUGGACAGCAGACAGCAUUUGUUCUGGCACUGCGUCAGGGUUUCUCAGCUGCGCUGCUGCAGCUCUCCAUCCUGACCGCUAUGCAUGUUAGCGAAAGGUUUGCUCAGCACAUCGACGUGAUGAUCCAGGAGAGUGGUGCAGACUGUGCAAACAUGGAGAAGCUCAACCAGCUCCAGCAAUUCAUGGAACCCAUGCUGUUCCUCUCUGGCCUUGAGCUGGCCAACACCUUUGAGCACUUUUACAGGUACUACCUGGGUGAUCGUCUUCUGGGCCAAGGGAAGGUGUGGUUGGAAAGAGCUGUGAUUGAACAGAUUGGUACGUGUUUCCCGAACCGCUUCCCGCAGCAGAUGCUGAAGAACCUGAGUGAGUCGGAGGAUUUGCAACAGGAGUUUCACCUGUAUAGGUUACAGCAGCUUGACAAGACUCUGCAGGACCUGGAUGAAGAGAUGAUGGAGGAUCAGUCAUCAUGCCCUGAAGAUGAGAGUGAGGUGAAGGUGCUGGUGCUAUCCCCCCGUUGCUGGGUUAUCUCUUCUCUCUGUUACCUGGAGAAUCCCAGAAAACACUUUCCAUCACCACUCUGCAACUACCUUGGAGAAUUCACAGAGUUCUACACAAACAGUCAGUGUAUGUACAGCCUGACCCACUCCAAGCCCCGGCGCCUGCAGUGGACAUGGCUGGGACACGCUGAGCUCAAGUAUGGGUCCUUUACCCUUUACGUGUCAACACUGCAGAUGUACAUCCUGCUGCAGUUUAACCAGCAAAAUGAGGUGACAGUGGAGUCCCUGCUGCAGUCUACAGGCCUGUCCCGAGCCCUAGUCUGCCAGGCACUGAAACCCCUCACAACAGACAAAGGAGUUCUGGUCAAAGUUGUGUCUACGCAGGACCCAAUGAAGGGGGUUCUAAGUUUGAAUGAAGAAACACUAAUCCGUGGGAACAAGGAACAAAGCUACUGCUGCCUGCUGCCAAAGCAGACCUACCUGAGUGUGGAUGAAGAUGCUGCCAGCACACUGGAGAGGAAGAGGAACUUCAUCUACUGCCUGAUUAUUCAGAUCAUGAAGGUCGAGAAGGAGCUGCACAUUGAUAACCUGGUGUUUAGGGUGAUCGAUAUAUGCCAAAAGCAGGAGUCUAGGAAGUCCCCACUGUUGGUGCGCUUCAGCUGCAGUAACACAGACGUGCUGUCCUGCAUUAUGCACCUUCUCAACAAGGGCUACAUCAGGAGAAACGAGGAUAGCCCCCACAUCCUGGAGUUUGUGCCCGAGGACCCCACCACCCCUCAGAAGAGCCAGGCUCACUUCACCUUUACCAAGCAUGACAUGAAGAAUUCCAACUUGUGUAAUAAGGGAAAUGUAUCCCCAUUCAGCUUGGACGGUUUUUCCCCAGCCCCGCGGAGCUCAGAGGACGGGGUCCUGGAGGCAGUGCUCUUCUCAAUGGGCCGGACAAUGACUCGGGAUGAGGUGCGGCAGCUGAUGAAUCAGACUGUGGGGCAGGUGGCUGACACUCUAACCAUCUCCAAUGACCAGGCGCAGCACCUGCUGGUGCACUGCAAGUGGAACGUGGACCUGCUGAUCCAGCGCUAUGCAGAGGACUCUGACUCCUUGUUGCUGGCCUCGGGCAUGCAGGGCAAGAACCCCCAACCACCGCCCAGCCCUGUCACCAACUGCCCGGUCUGUCUGAGCCAGCAGUCUGGAGAGCACGUUGUAACACCAACCCUCAGCUGCAUGCACUAUUGCUGUAGAACUUGUUGGAAGGAGUACUUGACAACUAGGAUCGAACAGAACCUAGUUCUAAAUUGUACCUGUCCCAUCUCAGACUGCCCUGCCCAGCCGACCACAGAAUUCAUUUCCUCUGUUAUUACAGACAAGGAGGUUCUUGCCAAGUAUGAGAACACUCUUUUGCGAGGUUAUGUGGAGUGCUGUUCCAACUUGACCUGGUGCACCAACCCACAGGGCUGCGACCAGAUCCUGUGUAAGCAAGGCAUUGGCAAUGUGGGCACCUGCUCCAAGUGCUGCUGGUCAUCGUGUUUCAGCUGCAACUUCCCAGAAGCUCACUACCCUGCAAGCUGCAGCCAUAUGUCUCAAUGGAUGGACGAUGGUGGAUAUUAUGAGGGAAUGAGUAUGGAGGCGCAGAGCAAACACCUGGCACAGCUUAUCUCUAAGCGGUGCCCGAGCUGCCAGGCUCAAAUUGAGAAAAAUGAGGGAUGUCUCCAUAUGACUUGUGUCAAAUGUAACCAUGGAUUCUGCUGGCGAUGCCUCAAAUCCUGGAAACCAACGCACAAAGAUUAUUAUAACUGUGCAGCUAUGGUGAGUAAAGCAGCACGCCAGGAAAAGAAGUUUCAGGAUUACAAUGAAAGGUGCACUUUCCAAAAUCAGGCUAAGGACUUUGCUCUCAAUCUGGAAAACAAAGUCUCCGCCAUCAAUGAAGCCCUUCAGAUGAAGUCACUAACAUUUGUGAUUGAUGCCUGCAAGAUCCUUGCACAGUCCCGCAAGGUUCUUGCUUACUCCUGUGCCUAUAGCUACUAUAACCAGGACACUGAGAAGAUGGAUAUUAUGGAGCAGCAGACAGAAACCUUGGAGCUUCAUACCAAUGCACUGCAAAUACUGCUUGAGGAGACACUGUUACAGUGUACAGACCUGGCAUCAUGCAUCCGUCUUUUGAAGCCAGAGCACCUGAACACUGGGCUUGAGCUGAUACGCAGGAUCCAGGAAAGACUGGUAGCAAUCCUUCAGCAUUCUACACAGGAUUUUCGAGUGGGGUAUCAGUCAAAAACGGGAGCAGAUCAGGAGGUGGCUCAGUCUUCAAAUCUAGCUAACCAGUCAGACUCGAACAAGGAGAAGAAGUCAGAUGGUGGGUCUGACUCUGGCGACUCAAACAAUAACAACAACGCAGGUGACGGGGAGGAGGAUGAAGACGAGGAGUACGAUGAUGAGUACGUCCCAGAGUGGCAUGAGGACUACGACGAUGACGACAUCGAUGAGGACGAGUUCUUCUCGGAAGACGAUGAGUCAGAAAACCUUGAGUGAGACUUCAGCCCCUACGGCUUAAUACAGAACAACAAAAAACAGCAUGCCAUUGUCAAAAAAAAAAACAUUAAAAAAUUAAGUUUAAUAAAAUGUGGUCUAAAAAUAAACAUAAACAAAAGCGGUAAAUAAUUCUAAAUAAAAAUAGUCACUUCAAAAUGUUACUUGGGAGCUAACCAGAGGUUUUGGAAUGUCUUCUCUUUCGGAUGGGAAAUUUAGCAGGGGUGUUUCUUUUUUACUAUGCAUACACAUACUGUAAUCUGACAGGUAAGAAUACUGUUUAAUGGAAUAUUUUUUUUUUUAAUAAUAAAACUCUCUGGAAGGUAGGUAAGUGUCUUUUUAUGGAGGAUUUUUUCUAGUUUUAAGAAAGUUUAAGAAAUGGAAGACUAAUUCAGUAUAACCCAUUUGUGGCUUAAGUAUUAAUGAACAUUUGAUUGUAUAGGUUUAGACCAAGAAAAACAUACAGCGCACGCAGACGCACUUUUUUUUUUUUUAGAUCUUCUGAUGUAAUGAUAUUGUAACCCCUCAAGCUUGCGAAUGUGAAAGGAAAUGGGAAGGUGCUUUUUUCAAUUGUUUUUUUUUUUUUUUUUUUGUUAGAAGGGCCCUAUGUAAAAAAUGUAUGACCUAAGAGUGAUACAAAAAAAACAAAUCUAAACCAAGGGGUUAGUGUGGUUUGGAUGUUCCAGAGUGCCCCACCAAAGAGUUAAACUGAUAGGUCUCCGAUUCUUAACCUUCAAAACUUGUCACCUAUUCUCUAGUACAGAGGUUUCACUGCAAUAUUUGGUGAAAUACUGUGGCUCAUAAUCAAAUAAAUAAUACAUUGGUUUUGUUUUUGUUUUUUGCAAAGCUUCAUGUAACAUGCUUUUCUUGUUUUUUUCUUUAAAAAAAAAAUGGAAAUGAGUUGUUUUCGAGCAUGUUAAAUAUUCACUUAUAUAGACAAAUAUUUGUUGACAGAUCUCAGAUUCAGUGACAAGUUUGAUGGAGUUAUCAGGUUAAUUCUCG